AUGUUGUCUCGCUCUGCUCUGCGCUCAGCCGCCAGAUCGAUCGCCGCCGUCAAUGUCGCGCGCACUAUGAACAAAGUUGCUAGACCAGCCUUGAUGGUCGCUGGCAGAAGAUACGCCUCUGCCAAGGCGCAGCCUACUGAGGUCUCCUCCAUCCUGGAGGAGAGAAUCAGAGGUGUUUCCGAGGAAACUAACCUGAAUGAGACCGGCCGUGUCUUGUCCGUCGGUGACGGUAUCGCCCGUGUUUUCGGUUUGAACAACGUGCAGGCCGAGGAGUUGGUCGAGUUCUCUUCCGGUGUGAAGGGUAUGGCUCUGAACUUGGAGCCUGGCCAAGUCGGUAUUGUGUUGUUCGGUUCCGACAGAUUGGUCAAGGAGGGUGAGGUUGUUAAGAGAACAGGUCAGAUUGUUGAUGUCCCAGUGGGUCCCGACAUGCUGGGCAGAGUUGUUGACGCCUUGGGUAACCCAAUUGAUGGUAAGGGUCCUAUCGAAGCUGCUGGCCGUUCCAGAGCUCAGGUCAAGGCCCCAGGUAUUUUGCCUAGAAGAUCUGUGCACGAGCCUGUUCAGACCGGUCUAAAGGCCGUCGACGCUUUGGUCCCAAUCGGUAGAGGUCAAAGAGAGUUGAUCAUUGGUGACCGUCAGACUGGUAAGACCGCCGUCGCCCUGGACACCAUCUUGAACCAGAAGAGAUGGAACAACGGCUCCGACGAGAGCAAGAAGCUGUACUGUGUUUACGUCGCUGUUGGUCAAAAGAGAUCCACCGUCGCCCAGUUGGUGCAGACCUUGGAGCAGCACGACGCCAUGAAGUACACUGUCAUCGUCGCCGCCACUGCUUCUGAGGCCGCUCCUCUGCAGUACAUUGCUCCUUUCACUGCCGCCGCUAUCGGUGAGUGGUUCAGAGACAACGGCAGACACGCCCUGAUCGUCUACGACGAUUUGUCCAAGCAAGCUGUUGCCUACCGUCAAUUGUCUCUGUUGUUGAGACGUCCUCCUGGUCGUGAGGCUUACCCAGGUGAUGUUUUCUACUUGCACUCCAGACUUUUGGAGAGAGCUGCCAAGAUGUCCGAGAAGAAUGGUGCUGGUUCUCUGACCGCUUUGCCAGUCAUUGAGACCCAGGGUGGUGAUGUGUCCGCCUACAUUCCAACUAACGUCAUUUCCAUUACCGAUGGCCAAAUUUUCUUGGAGGCUGAGUUGUUCUACAAGGGUAUCAGACCUGCUAUCAACGUCGGUUUGUCCGUCUCUCGUGUCGGUUCCGCCGCUCAGGUCAAGGCCUUGAAGCAGGUCGCUGGUUCCUUGAAGCUUUUCUUGGCCCAAUACAGAGAAGUCGCUGCCUUCGCUCAGUUCGGUUCUGACUUGGAUGCUUCUACCAAGCAAACCCUGGCUAGAGGUGAGAGAUUGACUCAGCUGCUGAAACAGUCCCAAUACUCCCCAAUGGCUGCCGAAGAGCAAGUCCCACUGAUUUACGCCGGUGUUAACGGUUACUUGGACAACAUUGAGCUAUCCAGAAUUGCCGAGUUCGAGGGCUCUUUCUUGGCCUACUUGAAGUCCAACCACGACGAGAUCAUCUCCGCCAUCAGAGAGAAGGGUGAGUUGUCCAAGGAGUUGUUGGGUGCCUUGAAAUCCGCCACUGAGUCUUUCGUUGCCACUUUCUAA